AUGGCAAUUCAAAGUGAGAGCACGGUGGUAACCGAACCACGACCGCCAGCAAUCCCUAACCAGCGCGAAAUUGGUUUGAAAGAGUUACAGAGGUCAUCCUCCAGCGUGUCUGAGAAAGAUGUAAAUACAAAGGGCGAAGGCUUACCUCCUAUCGCAAUUGUGGGCAUGGCCUUGAGAUUACCUGGGGGUGUGAAGUCUCCUGAUGAACUUUGGAAGUUCUUGAUUGAAAAGAAGAGCGGGGUUUGCGAGGUUCCUGGAACUCGGUAUACUGUCGAUUCGUUCUACAGUAAUCAGAAAGCCCACUGUGUCAAAACUCGGCAUGGGUAUUAUUUGCAGGAAGAUCCGGCCUGCUUCGAUGCGCCAUUCUUCUCCAUCAACAGCGAUGAGGCUGCACAAAUGGACCCACAACAACGUAAACUCAUGGAGGUCUUUUGGGAAUGCUUGGAGAGCGCAGGUGAAACCGAUUGGAAAGGUAAAAAUAUUGGAUGUUAUGUCGGAGUGUAUGGUGAAGAUUGGUUAGAUCUUGCCAGUAAAGAUCCUCAAUAUACGACCCGUUAUCAUAUUCUGGGUACAGGACAAUUUGCUCUAUCAAACAGGUUAUCUUGGGAGUAUGAUUUUCGGGGACCAAGUAUGACCAUACAAACUGGCUGCUCCGCAUCCUUGGUUGGUUUGCACGAAGCCUGCCAGGAUAUUCAUUCUGGCGAAUGCUGCUCAGCCAUUGUUGCGGGUACCAACUUAAUAUUUGCACCUACGAUGACGACAACAAUGUCUGAUAAUACUGUCAUGUCCCCAUCUGGAACUUGUAAAACUUUUGAUGGAAAAGCUGAUGGGUACGGCCGAGCCGAAACGAUAAAUGCACUCUACAUAAAGACUCUAGAUGAUGCUCUCCAGAAUAAUGACCCUAUCAGAGGCAUUAUACGUGCAACUUCAAUCAAUUUUGAUGGUAGGACGCCCACUAUUACUACCCCCGGGUCUGAAUCUCAGGAAUCUCUUGUCCGAAGAGCCUACCAAAGAGCGGGAAUCAAGGAUAUCAGUCAGACAGGGUUCUUCGAAUGCCACGGAACUGGAACAGUUGCAGGAGAUACUGUCGAGGUAUCUGUCGUUGCCAAACUAUUUGAAGGGAAAGGCGUGGUAAUCGGCGGAGUAAAACCAAAUGUCGGUCAUGGGGAAGGUGCUUCAGGUAUUACUAGUGUUAUCAAAGGAAUUAUGUCCCUGGAGCAUGAUACAAUCCCCCCAAACAUUUUGUUCGAGUCCCCAAAUCCAAAUAUUCCGUUCAAGGAGGCUAAGCUUCAAGUACCGUUGGAUCCUAUGCCCUGGCCAGAGAAUCGAAGCAAACGAGUUAGCGUCAACAGUUUUGGUGUUGGUGGCGCCAAUGCACAUGCCAUAUUAGAGUCUGCCGCUUCGUUUUGCAAGGCCAAGGAAGAUUCGAGUUCUGCGCAAUGUGACGGCCCUCAGCUCCUAACUGUAUCUGCAAAGAAUACAGAUAGCCUAAAGGAGCGAAUUAAGACGGUGACCCAAUACAUCAAUGAUGACUUGCAUAAGCUCCAUGACCUAGCGUAUACGCUUGGGGUACGGCGAGAGCACCUAUCGCAUCGUUCUUUCAUCAUAGCACAUCCAAACCAGCCAGUUGAUGCCACGGGGUUCCAGAGUGGUCAAGACAAGUCCCUCAGCUUAACCUUCGUCUUCACAGGGCAAGGUGCUCAAUGGCCAGGUAUGGGAAUAGACUUGAUACAUUAUUUCCCGGAAGCUAGGAAAGAUAUUCAAGCAAUGGACAAGGUCCUCCAGGGUUUGCCCGAUGGUCCCGAUUGGUCCUUAGAAGGUAAACCUUCUGCCGUGGAAAUAAUGACAUGCGUUUCACUAACUGUUCUUCUAGAGGAACUUCUUAAAGCUGGCGAUAAUAGUAAGGUCAAUGAGGCAGAAUUUUCCCAACCUCUCUGCACAGCUCUUCAAGUUGCACUUGUCAAUAUCCUCUAUAGAUGGGGUAUCAAACCAUCAUCUGUAGUUGGCCAUUCCAGUGGGGAGAUUACGGCUUCCUACGCUGCUGGGGCGAUUACUUCUAAAUCAGCUAUAAUUAUCGCAUACUAUCGUGGCAAGGUAACAAAGGGUUUGUCUAAGAAGGGUGCCAUGGCAGCAGUUGGCUUGGGAAGGGACCAAGUCACCCCAUACUUAGGAGAUGGAGUUGUUAUCGCUUGUGAAAACAGUCCCUCUAGUGUGACGCUAUCAGGAGAAGCGGCUACCGUUGACAAUAUAAUACGAUCAAUCAAAAGCGACUUACCAGAUGUAUUUUGCAGGCAACUCCGAGUGUCUGUUGCAUACCACUCUCAUCACAUGAGCGAACUCGGAUCGUCGUAUGAAUCAUCGAUAUCUGGUUUAAUCAAAUAUAAUGAGAAUAUGUUACCGUUAUUCUCUACUGUUACUUCCAAAACUAUCACCAAGCCAUGUGAUCUCGAUGCUGCCUAUUGGCGCAGUAACCUAGAAUCCCCGGUAUUAUUUUCUACUGCCAUCCAGGACAUCCUGCGAGAAGCCCCGAGAACUGCUUUCCUCGAAGUCGGACCCCAUGGUGCACUCUCGGGGCCUCUCCGCCAAAUAUUCCAAGGGGCGAAUCUCAAGUCAGCACCAGUUUAUAUUUCUACCCUUGACCGCAAUAACACUGAUUCUCGAUCACAACUUUUAUUCACUGCUGGCUCUGCGCACGUCUGUGGGAUCUCCGUUAGCCUACAGUCGAUAAACGGAAAAGGCAAUACCCUAGGCAAUAUUCCUCCCUACCAUUGGCAACAUAGUCAGACGUACUGGUAUGCGAGCCGCUUAACGCACGACUGGAGAUUUCGAGCAUACCCUCACCAUGAACUUCUUGGCAGUCGAGUAGUCGAGGCUUCGGAUAUAGAACCAUCCUGGAGAAACAUCUUGCGUUUAGAUGAUGUACCAUGGCUUGUUGACCACGCUCUUCAAGGCAAUGUUAUAUUUCCUGCUACUGGGUAUAUUUCAAUGGUGGGAGAAGCAAUUUGUCAACUCUAUCCUCGUCCUGACGCAAAAGACUAUUCAAUAAGAAACUUCAUCAUCAAAUCUCCCCUCCUUUUGAAAGAAAAGAGGGAAGCAGAAAUAAUUACGGCUUUCCGGCCUGUUAAAAUCACAGAUAUCGUUGAUUCAGAAUGGUAUUCUUUCACAAUUAUGGCUCAUGACGGAUCUGACUGGACAAAACACUGCCAGGGAGAAGUAAGAGCUGGCUCCGAAAACCCGCCUAAAGGGUAUAAAAUCCAAAGCCAUUCCCGAGCUGUCAACGUCGAUACAUGCUACAAAGUUGUGGGCAGACUUGGGUUCAGCUACGGGCCUCGUUUCCGGCGCUUCAAGGAUAUAUCCGUUCAUCCAACAGAAGGAAGAACCUCUGCAACUAUACUUGGGGUCCAGGAACGGGCUUUAAGCAGGUAUACUCUCCAUCCAGCAACCAUGGAUCAUGUUUUACAACUAUGGCCCAUCGCCAUCGGAAAAGGCCUCCAACGUCUCUUUCAUCUUGUAAUUCCUGCAUCAUUUGGAGACAUUUACGUGCGAGGUAGCGCACCUGAGAUGCGUUCUGAAGCUCUUUUUACCCGUAAUCAAGUUGGAGCGUGGGUGGGACAAGCUAUCAUGAUGGCAGGCGAUGAGCUUAUACUAAGCUUUAGCAAUACUACUGGUUUCCCUGUAGAAGGAUUCGACAAGCUAGGAUUCCCCAACGCCUCUCUGUGUUCGCAGAUAAGGUGGGCUCCUGAUAUCGAUUUGCUACCUUCUCAGAAUUUACUUUCAAGCCCGUCAGCAGCAGAAUGCUACCGUGAAAUAGCUGGAGAUGUGAGGCAGCUGGCUGUCCUAUAUAUUCUGGAAACUGCGAAUAGACUUGUCGAUGUCACGCCCAAAUCCCCGUUCUUAAUUAAAUGGAGAAACUGGAUCAUUACGAAAGCUUCAAGCCUUUGCCAGAAUGCAGAUACGUUAUUCCCGGAAGCGCAAGACUGGAUUGUAAUGGGCUCAGAAGCACGUAAAACCGUUAUCAGUACCAUAUCCUCGCGAUAUGCUGAUGAGAAAGGGCAUCGUUCUAUUCCGUUCGAGUGCAUGCAACACAUUUAUGAGAGCUGUGAAGGGUUUGGGAGGGAGGAUGUCGUCCCAGACGGAACUCUUGAUAUCCUGAAGAAAUAUUGGGCAGUACUUCAAUCACACUGUGACUGGGGCCACUUUCUAACACUCCUAGGCCAUUCAAACCCAUGUACGCGAGUUUUAGAAAUAGGUGCAGGGACAGGGAGUGCAACUCGGGCCGUGCUGCAGCACUUACAAUCCCCCGAAGGUGCACGACUAUACUCACAAUAUAUCUUCACUGAUGCUUCUGAAAGCGUUAUAGCUGAGGCCAAAGUGAUGUUCCCUAAUGGAGUUGAGCAUAAGAUACUAGACAUAACCAAAGACCCUGUAGAACAGGGUUUUGGGCUCCAUAGUUUUGAUUUGAUCAUUGCUUCAAAUGUUCUUCACUCUACAUCUCAUUUACAAGAAACUCUCAGAAAUAUACACAAAUUACUUGCGCAUAAUGGUCGAUUUUUACUUCAUGAGUUACAGCCAGGUAUGUCAAUUCUACCAGAACCCGCAAACACUCUCCAGUAUCAAGAUUUCCUGGGGAUUCUUAUGGAGGCCAAAAUAAGGGAAACGAGCAAAACUCCACUGUCAAAUAGUGGACAACUUUGUGGAUUGUUGUCUGACUGGCAAACAAGCGAAGAAGAGGAUAGACUUGAACAACCAUACUUGUCUCCAGAGAGAUGGGAUCAGGAACUUCGUGCAGCCGGUUUUACCGGGAAUGAAACGAUAAGUUACGACUUCGACAUGCCCAACCAGACAGCGUUCACCAUACUAUCGAGUCUCGCGCCUACACUAAUCAGUCGAAAUGAUAUUACGCUGUUGGCUGAUGAUUCCACUAGCCCAUGGGCUAAAGAACUUGCAUCUAACCUUUGCGAACAGGGUUACAACGUGCAUUGGGGCUCACUAAACCAAGCUCCCCCCGCUAACCACUGUAUUGUUUCUUUGUUAGAUCUGGAUGGACCCUAUCUCCAUACUGUAUCUGAGCAGCGUUACUCUGCCCUUCACGCGUAUCUCAUGGAAAUGGACAAUUCCAAAAUGAUGUGGGUAACGAAGACUAGCCAACUUACCUGCGGAGACCCUCGUUUUGGGUUGAUUUUUGGACUCGCCCGGACACUGAGACAGGAGAUGGCUCUCGACAUUUCUACCUUUGAAACAGACAUUUUCGACAGUGUGGCACUAAAUGCAUUAAUAGAUGUCCUUACGAAGGUUGAAAAAUCUAGGGCUUUCUCUGAAAAUGAUCUUGAAUAUGAAUUCAGCUUUCACUGUGGUACCAUAUAUACUGGUCGGUGCCACUGGGCCUCGCCUCAGAGUCAGAUGCCAAUCGAGCCUUUAAAGGAACAGCCACGGAAACUAGAAAUUGGGUCUCUUGGGUCGGUAGAUACACUUCGCUGGGCGCCCUUCGAUACCGAAGAGUUGACGGGAACCGAUGUCGAGAUCGACAUGCAUUACCUUGGGCUGAACUUUAGGGCAUUCAUUCAGGAACUUGCGGUGGACGUUAUGGUAGCAAUGGGGCUAUUUGGAAACCCCGAAGAAUUCGGCAUAGAAGGUAGCGGCGUUGUUCGCCAGGUAGCACCCGGAGCCACUGGCUUCAAACCAGGGGACAGAGUUUUUGUGCUAGCUACGGGCGCCUUUAGAUCUAGAGUUGUGAAGCCAGCACACAUGGUUACUCACAUCCCAGAUGAUAUAACACUAGAGGAUGCAGCAACAAUGCCUUGCGUGUAUUUCACGACCAUCUUAUGCCUAGAGACCCUAGCACAUGUCAAGGAAGGCGAGUCCGUGUUGAUUCAUUCAGCCUGUGGCGGAGUUGGUCAAGCGGCAAUCCGAGUCUGCAAAGUUCUAGGUGCAGAGAUUUUUGCCACCGUUGGUACCGAGGAGAAAGUUCAGUAUCUUAUGGACCAUUUUGAUAUCCCUCGUCAUCGUAUAUUUAACUCCCGAAGUGCAGAUUUCUUGCCUGAUGUCAUGCGCGAGACAAAUGGAAGAGGCGUUGAUGUUGUGUUAAAUUCACUUGCAGGAAAAUUACUACACGCUUCAUGGCAGUGCGUUGCGCCGUUUGGCAGGAUGAUUGAACUUGGAAAGCGGGACUUUUUAAGUAACGGGCAUUUGAACAUGGCGCCCUUUUUAGAAAACCGUUCAUUUAUUGGAUUUGAUUUAGGGCAACGGCACGCGCUGGAUGCUGAAACCUGCGAGGAAACGUCAAGAAGAUACCGGUGGUGGUACGAUCAGAAGAGAAUAAGCCCCAUUCGGCCAGUCAAGGUCUACGAUGCCGCUGAAGUUGUGGAUGCCUACCGAUAUAUGCAGCAAGGAUCUCAUAUGGGCAAGAUCCUAAUCCGAAUACCCCAGGACUUCACGGCCUCCCCAUUUACAGGUGUAAAGGCGCCGAUUGUGUUCUCUCCAGAUGUCUCAUACCUUCUAGUCGGGGGGCUGGGAGGGCUUGGUCGUUCAAUCUCCUCUUGGAUGGUGGAACAAGGUGCCCGCUAUCUGGUGUAUCUAUCACGGUCCGCAGGGCAAUCGGAAAGGGACCAGGCAUUUAUGCAAGAGCUCAAAGAUCAGGGUUGCCAUGCAGUCUGUAUUGCUGGCAGUGUAGUGGACCUAGCAGAUGUGAAAUCUGCCAUUGCCCAGUGCCCUAAGCCUAUUUCCGGCGUUAUUCAACUGUCCACCGUUCUCAAAGAUCGUACCUUUAGUAAGAUGUCUUAUGAAGAAUGGGAGACAUGUCUGGAAACCAAGGUUCAAGGGACCUGGAACCUACACAAUGCGCUGACAAACGAAAAGCUGGACUUUUUCGUCAGUUUCGGUUCCGUAUCCAGCGUCUGUGGGAAUAUAGGGCAGGCCAACUAUGCCGCUGCCAACGGGUUUCUAACCAGCUUCACUCAGUACCGCCGUCGGCUAGGGCUGCCUGCUUCCGUUCUUGAGCUAGGCAUGGUGGACGAGGUCGGCAUGGCAAGCAGUAACGAGGCGGCUCUACAGAAUGCCCGUUCCUCCUCACUACGGCUGGUAUACGAGGAUGAACUGAUCGAGGGUCUACGACUGGCCAUUCAUCAGUGCCGCAGACCCCCUUCACCAGACUCGAUGAUGUCUAGUUCCUGCAUCAUCGGGCUGGGAAACACGAAGCCGUUGUCUGACCCUGGCGUCCGCCCCCUGUGGGCGAGAGAUGCACGCUUUGCGCUCUACUCGAACAUUGAGUCCAAAGGUGUAGGUACUGGCCAGACGGAAAACAACGAGAUCAAGACCUUGCUCUCUAGGAUCGGACAGAACCCAGCAUACCUGAAGAGCCCGGAAUCGAAAGCUAUGAUCUUCCGGGCAAUGGGGAAUAUGAUUAUGCAGAACAUGGCUCAUACGCAAGGCAUGGAUGAUGAUGAGCUUGCCAAAGUUGCCAUCGACUCACUGACGGCGAUCGAGAUCAGGAACUGGGUCCGGCGUAACAUGGGUCUGGAGGUCAGUCUGGUCGAGAUCGGGAAGGCUGGAGCCAUUGGCAAGCUGGCGGUAACAGUUCACGAGCUGAUGAUGGCCAAAUAUGGGAUCAACGGAGAAGCCCCUGCUGUCGACUAG